GGAUCUUGAUCUUCUCGCUUGCUCGCCCAAGAUCGUUUGAUCUGCUGGUUCAUCCCUCUGCCAUCUCCAGCGACCGAGCCUCCACAUCCGCCAUGACCCAGCUCGAGUCCGUGCCCGAGGGAUUCGUCGCCAUCACCGAGGAUGGUGGCCUUUUCAAGAAAGUGAACAAGCCCGGCUCUGGCCCUGUCGCAGCGAAUCUGUGCAAAGUUGCUGUGCACUAUACUGGAUACCUCUUCCCGUCUGGUGAAAAGUUUGACUCGAGUCUGGAUCGCGGCCAGCCCCUCGAGUUUUCUGUCGGAGAAGGACGAGUCAUCAGUGGAUGGGAUAAGGGCAUUGCAACGAUGCAGCUUGGCGAGUCCGCCGAGCUGCUGUGCACCCCGGCAUAUGCUUAUGGCGAGGAGGGCAGCCCUCCAACGAUUCCACCGAAUGCGACCCUCCGAUUCGAAGUCGAGAUGCUGCGAAUCGACCCGCCGAGCAAGAUGUCUGUCGCCGAACGUCUGAUCCACGCCAAAGAGUGCAAGGACAGCGGCAAUGCUUUCUACAAGUCGCAGGACUGGAAGGAAGCCAUCGCGGCGUAUGAGCACGGUCUCCGCUAUCUCGAUACCACCUGGACGCUCAAGCCCGAGGAGACGGUUGAGUUUAAUGCUCUGAAGCUCGCACUUUGCUCCAACUCUGCGGCAUGCUUCCUCAAGACCAAGGAUCUCUUCCUGGCUGUGGACAAGUGCCGACAGGCCCUGGAGAUUGACGAAAAGAACGCCAAGGCCAUGUUCCGCCUCGCUCAGGCGUACUGCGGGCUUGCAGAGUUUGACAAUGCGCUCAAGUUCCUGAACUCGGCCAGUGAGAUCGACCCCAACGAUGCCGCCAUCAAGGCGGAAAUCGCCGUCGUGAAGCGUAAGCGACAGGAGUUUACCAACAAGGAAAAGAGCAUCUACUCCAACAUGUUCAAAUAGGCGCUCUGCCGCACCACCACACCUUGUCGCUCGCUGAUAUAAUCCAUUGGAUGAUCCGUGAUCCCAUCAAUACACUGGUCAGUCGUAAA